CGGACUCUCAGUGGCGGAAAAGAGACGGCGAUUUCGAAAGACCACGGAAGAGUUGAUGUCGUCUCCAUCAUCGUUGCCGCCGUCUGCAAGACAGCAGCCACCGUCAGUGCCGCAGGAAAUCUUCCCUAUGGUGUCGUCGAGAGACAGUGUGAGGGAGGAUGAGUCUCAUGGACUCCCACAAGACGGGGAGAGUGUCUUGGGAAGCUCAGAUCCUUCCUUUAGGAUGCUGGCCGAGUCGAUUAGGAAGUUCGGGGAGAUCUGUGAGAAGAUGGAAGAGGCAGCAGAUGCCAGAGAUAGAAAGGAUGAAGAGGGAAUUCCAAAGGGAUUUGAGGUGCAAUAAAAUCCAGAUUUCAGUGGUGAUAAUGAUGAAGAGCUUGAGUGGGUAAGAAUCUUUGUGAUGCAAGUGGCUAAAACUGAGGAUGAACAAGGUCAUUCUUCCUCAAAGCUUAGGCAUCGCAACUGAAGAUAUCUCCCCCAUCAAUUAUCCUUCAUCCUAAUGCAUGAUCACCAACAAGAGUAGCUGAUGGGGAGAUCCGGUCUGGGAAGGGCGUUCCGCUGUUUUUCUCUCGCAAUCUCAACAAACUCCUGCAUUUGCAUGAACACUUGUGACGAAGAUGAGCCUGAGAGGAGGGCUUUAAUCGAGAGCCAGGUGCUGAAGAUUAAGGAUACUUCUGAUGGUGCCAAGACACUGGCUUUCCAUUUGGAACCCAAGACAGUGGUGAUGAGGGUGUCCAUGCACUGCAAUGGCUGUGCAAGAAAAGUUCAGAAGCACAUCUCAAAGAUGGAAGGAGUGUCCUCAUACGAAGUGGACUUGGGCAGCAAGAAGGUGGUGGUGGUUGGCGACAUCACUCCAUUCGAAGUCUUGGAGAGCGUAUCGAAAGUCAAGUUUGCAGAGCUGUGGUUGACUCCUCAGCCAUCCUGAGCUGUGGAGAUCUGUGGACAGAGACGUCCAAAUCUAGGAGUGCGUUCAGUGCGUGCGUCUCCAUGUAUAAUUAUUGCCUGUUCACUUCAAUCUGAGUUUGUCUCUGUAUCAUAUAUAGCCAUUGGAGAUGGAGAUGAAGCAUUUCGGGAUCUGUGUUCUGAUCCUUUCUCUCA